UUGUUGCUGUCAGUCUUUGGAAGGACAAAAGCAGACGAGUCAGUACGUGAAAGUUUAGGAAAUGUCGUUCACUUAAAAAGAUUCAUUCGCUGCGGUUGUGCUCUAUCACUGUAGCAUAUGUUUCAGUGAAAGGUCUUUUCGGCUGUGGCGUGUUCUGUGCAGGACUCAAGGGUAACUGGACUUGUUGAUGUUGAGUUGGCGUUUUGGAUGAAGAGCCGAAGAGAGUCCAGACAUUAUAUCUAAGCAGAAUUGUGCUGUUGAUCGAGUGCCAUGACUGUACGCAGAGUGAACGUGGUUAUUCUUGUUCUGCUUGUCAUCGCCUUUUUAAUUAUUUUGCAUCGGAAUCUGCUGAAUCUCAAUGAUUUCCUGAAGCAAGAGAAUCCAGACACAGCGCCUGGGAUGGUGCUGCCCUUUGAGACGGACUUCCUGUCGGAUCAUAAGGUCAUCAGGACAGGAGAUGAGAUUCCAGUGGUCAUCACCGCUCCAGAGGAGAGACUGGGAGCUGCUGUCACUGCCAUGAACAGCAUCUACCGCAACAGCAAAGCCAAUGUAGUAUUCAAUAUAGUGACACUAAAUGAGUCGGUGGUCCAUCUUAGAACAUGGUUGAGUAAGACCGACUUGAAGCACAAAAUUAUCGUAUUUGAUCUGAAGAUCCUCACAGGAAAGAUUCCUACUGAUCCUCAGAAGGUGGAGGCAGUGAAGCCGUUGACCUUUGCUAGAUUCUUCUUGCCUGUUUUCUUGCCGGAUGCAGAGAAAGUAAUUUACCUGGAUGAUGAUGUUAUUGUACAAGGGGACAUUCAGGAGCUUUUCGACAGCAGUAUUAAGUUGGGACAUGCAGCAGCUUUCUCAGAGGACUGUGACUCUGCGUCCUCUAAAGGCAUCGUCAGAGGAGCAGGAAAUCAGAACAGCUAUAUUGCUUUUCUGGACUUCAAAAAAGAGGCGAUCAAGAAGCUUGGAAUGAGAGCGAACACUUGCUCGUUCAAUCCUGGAGUCUUUGUGGCCAAUUUAACUGAGUGGAAGCAGCAGAAUAUCACCAGCCAGCUUGAGUUCUGGAUGGAGCGCAGUGCCAAGGAGGACCUUUACAGUAAGACUUUAUCAGACAGCAUCACAACGCCACCCAUGCUCAUUGUAUUCUACAAGCUCCACUCAAACAUUGAUCCAAUGUGGCACGUCCGACACCUCGGGGCGACAGGAGCUGGUAAUAGGCAUUCACCUCAGUUUGUUAAGGCUGCCAAACUUCUCCAUUGGAAUGGACAUUAUAAACCAUGGGGAAGAGCCUCUUCUUUUUCUGACAUUUGGGACAAAUGGUACAUUCCAGAUCCCACAGGUAAAUUCCACCCAAUCCGAAGACACGCUGAGGAAAAAUAAACUCUGGUCUGGGCUACAUGAAAGGAGGAGGAGGAAAUGUAAUCGCUUUGCUGGAUGGACUUUCUCGCAGAUAUUUGACUUUGUUCAAAGAUGUUUAAAGGGAUGUCUGGAUGCAAAAUAUGGGGCCUUCAUGAAACCUAAGAGUACCCAAGUUACUGGGACCAACAUUGGAAUGGAACAACAGCCAAGAGGCUACAUUCAACACCAAUGCACUACCUCAGCGUUCACUGUCAAAUUCUUAAUAACACUAAACCAUUUAGGGUACAACUUUAAAAUCUUCGUUUUGUAUACUACAUCCAUGCAAGUGUCUAGAUUUUUUUUUUAUUGGGUGAAACUGUGGACCCACUUCAUUCCAAAUUGAAUUUUCCAUUUCAUUAUUAAAUAUUUUAGACUGCUUUAGGGCUUAAGACACAAACCUGUGACACUUGACGUUUCAGAAUUUCUGUAUUUAACACUACAGGAGCCACUUUCCCCUUCUGUUACGUCUUCAGUGUUGUUUACUUUUCUAUGGAUGCAUGUUUUGUUUUUGUUCCACGUAUCUCUCCACGUAUCAGCUGUUACUCAGCAUGCCAACUUCUUGUCCUCAACCCGAAGGGGAAAAUAUGCCAAUUUGUACAUGAAAGAAAAAAGUGUUCUAACAAAGUAUUGAAUAAAGCUCAGUAUGUUUUAUAUGCAA